AUGUUGGAAUACUCAUCCAAUAUCACGGAGCUGAGCAGAAACAUUCAGAACUCGACCAGUUCAUGGACUGGAUAUCUUCACUUCUAUCCAAACGAGACAGCCUCACGAUUGGAGUUUGCGAUAGAAACGCCGAAAUGCCAUAUCCAAACACGAAGGGGUCCCUCGCCUGCCUGUCAAAUCGUCGAUGAGAUCACUUGUCACUCGAGCAAAGGAUCCAAAGGCUAUGCCAGUGCCUACAACCACACUGAAGAGUUUUGCAAAGAUGUCGUGCCAGACAUGAACAGCAAGGAGACUGGGACGCUUUUCAACAAACGGUACAACAGAAACACUCACGAUAAUGUGGUUUUCACCAUAAUCAAGGACGCAGGUACUGCCGAUGUGGAUUCGAAGACUUGCAACACAGCCGUGAAUCGUAUUCUGGAUGGCUGUGAUGCCAACAACGACGAGAACCCAAUGAACUGGAAAUCUGGUGGCACCUACGCCAACGGUCCAUUCACGUAUAACAUCGCCCCCAUUCGGACUAACCGGCCAUUCCCCGUGCCCAAAAAGUCCUCGGCUAAAUACACGGGUGUUAAUCACUACAAUUGGCAUCGUUACAACAUACGGAGCGCCGGAUGGGCCACCUGGGACAAGGGUCAGAAGACACUCCGGGGUAAUAGCACUCGCUGCUUCGGUCUAGGACUGACAGUCUGGUGGUUUAAAUACCUUGACAAACCAGACUCCGAUGGUUAUGAGUGGCUAACCAAAUUCAACUCACCGAUUGCGACUAACGCACGAUGCUAUUCAAACAAUAAAGUCCAAAAGUGGUCGGGAUGUCCAUCAGAUGACGAGUGCCACUGA